GAUUGAAUUAAAUAUGUUUAAAUCUGGCUGUUUAGUGCGAACCACUCAUGUUGUUGUGACUUGGCUCACGACUGUAGUUCUGUUUCUUCAUAACACAGAUCUUCGUAAACGUGAGGAAAGGGAAGAACUACUCCAACCUGUUCUGUUUGGUGCCAUCGUCCUCAUGUCAGUUAUUCUGUAUUUCACCGUGUCACUAAUGGACCCUGGUUACGUUCUCUUUGACAGUGAUACUCAGAUUGCUCCUGUGGACAGUAAUGCUGAAGAACUUGAGCAAAUGAUAACACAGUGUGAUAGUCUUCCACGACAGCGACGCUGUGGUUACUGCUUUGUCCUGCAACCAAUGAGGGCAAAACACUGUAAGAAGUGUAAAAAAUGUGUCCGGCGCUUUGACCAUCACUGCCCUUGGCUAGACAACUGUGUCGGAGAGAAAAAUCACAAGUGGUUCCUGCUGUAUCUGUUUGUACAGUUACUGGCUUUAUCCUGGGGGCUGCAAGCUGCCUGGUCAGGCUUCACCGUCACAUCCACCUGGAGGCAGUGGUUUGUUCAGAACGGUUUGCUGUUUGGAGCCCUGCUCGUGACGGGGAUUUUUUCCUUCGUCGUACUGCUGCUACUGAGCUCACAUUUAUACCUCGUAGCCAUUAACACCACCACAUGGGAGUUCAUGUCAUUUUACCGGAUCUCCUAUCUUAAAUCCUUCGACUCUGAAAAGAGUCCCUUUGACAGGGGUGUGAUUUGCAAUCUGUGGAAGUUUUUUUGCAUGGGUGGAACUGUGGCCUGGGAAAAGGUGUACUCCAGAGGGACUAGCUGUGCUGUGUGAUAGUUUUUGUACCCCUCACAGUGGGAAUAAAAACAGGUAAUGAAUUACAGCACUUUUUUUUUUUUUUUUUUUACACAUUUUGGAGGAUAGGGACAGUUGUAGCCUAGCGGUUAAGGUACUGGACUAGUGAUUGAAAGGUCGCUGGCUCAAGCCCCACUGCUGUCAGGUUGCCACUGUUGGGCCCUUGAGCAAGGCCCUUAACCCUCAAUUGCUUAGAUAAUAUGUUGUCACAAUACUGUAAGUCGCUUUGAAUAAAAGCGUCUGCUAAAUGUCAAAAGUGUUAAUGUAAUACUGACAAAGUUGUAGUCAAAGGGUGGAACAGAAAUAAAUAUGCAAGUGUUAUUAUAGAUAGUUAAAUUCCUCUGAACCACCUGCCAUAAUCCACAUAGCAUUUUUAAAAGUACAAGAAGAAUGUUUAUUUAAUUUUUUUUUUUUUUUUUUACUCCAAUGUAUUUUACAAUGUUUAUUUAGUAUUUUUUACUC